GAGACCGCCGCAGGGAGGCGGAAAUUGCCGAGGCGGGCGGCGAGUGCCGAGGCGGCGCGCGGGAAGGUCUGGCGGCCAUGGCGGCCCCGGGGCCCGCGAGUCGCUUCUGGUGCUCGUGUCCCGAGGUGCCCUCCGCCACAUUCUUCACCGCCCUGCUCUCGCUGCUGGUGUCGGGGCCCCGCCUGUUCCUGCUGCAGCCACCUCUGGCGCCCUCGGGGCUGUCGCUGCGCUCCGAGGCCCUGCGCAACUGGCAAGUUUAUAGGCUGGUGACCUACAUCUUCGUCUACGAGAAUCCAAUCUCCCUGCUCUGUGGCGCCAUCAUCAUCUGGCGCUUCGCUGGCAACUUCGAGAGGACCGUGGGCACCGUCCGCCACUGCUUCUUCACCUUCAUCUUUACCAUCUUCUCCGCCAUCAUCUACCUGUCAUUCGAGUCUGUGUCGUCGCUGUCCAAGCUGGGGGAGGUGGAAGAUGCCCAAGGGUUCACCCCCGUGGCUUUUGCCAUGCUGGGAGUCACCGCAGUCCGCUCUCGGAUGAGGCGGGCCCUGGUGUUUGGCGUGGUGGUGCCUUCUGUCCUCGUGCCGUGGCUGCUGCUCUGUGCCUCCUGGCUCAUCCCUCAGACCUCCUUCCUGAGUAAUGUCUCUGGCCUUCUCAUCGGCCUGUCAUAUGGCCUCACCUACUGCUACUCCCUGGACCUCCCUGAGCGAGUGGCCCUGAAGCUUGAUCAGAAGUUCCCCUUCAGUGUCAUGAGGAGGAUUCCCCUGUUCAAGUACGUCUCCGGUUCUUCUGCCGAAAGAAGAGCAGCCCAGAGCCGGAAGCUGAACCCUGCCCCCGGCUCCUACCCCACACAGAGUUGCCACCCUCAUCUGACCCCAAGUCACCCUGUCACCCAGAUGCAGCAUGCCAGUGGGCAGAAACUGGCCUCCUGGCCUCCGGGACACAUGCCCAGCCUGCCUCCGUACCAGCCUGCUUCCGGCCUGUGUUAUGUGCAGAACCACUUUGGCCCUAACCCCAAUGCCUCCAGUGUGUAUCCCGCUUCUGCAGGGACCUCCCAGGGGGUGCAGCCUCCCUCCCCAAUCAGCUGUCCUGGCACUGUGUAUUCUGGGGCCCUGGGCACCCCAGGGGCUACAGGCUCCAAGGAGUCUUCCAAGGUCGCCAUGCCCUAGCCAGUCUGCAGAGGAUGGUCCUAUCCAAGCAAGGAAUUUCUUCAGAAUUAUUUAUUGAAGCCAGGGCGUGCUGGCCUGUCAUCCCAGCUGCUUGGGAGGUUGAGGCCUAUAGAUCCAAGGGUCAAGAUCUGUCUGGGCCCCAGAGCAAGUUCAAGGCCAGCCUAGUCUGUGUAUAACAAGACUGUCUGAAA